GAAAAAAAAUUAAAAUUUCUGCGGAAAAUUGCACGGCGUUACCCUACUGUUUAGCCGGUCGGCCCGUUGUGCACGCGAGACAACGGAUUUAACAAACAAAUUGAAAAUGUUUAAAAUACCGUUGACGGGCACCAUGUUAGCCGCGAGCAGAUUGUCCGCCAAACUGUUGACGCCCAACAGCGGUCUGCACACUACUGCGGCAACGCUUCUGAAGGAGAUCCAAGCCAACAAACUCGGAAAUAAGUUGAUCAUCCAAGGAUCCUAUGUACCAUCGCCUAGAAAAGAUUACCUCAUCGAGAACAAGAGUAAAUGCUGCCCGUUGUGCAGUCUCGAUUUGAACAUAAAACAUACGGACGUAUUGAUUCUGAGUCAAUUUGUUCGACCUGAUGGGUGUAUGAUGCCUCGACGAGUCACCGGUCUUUGUCCGACACAGCAGAAAAUAGUAUCCAAAUUAGUGUCAAUGGCCCAUAAAGCAGGUUUAAUGAUCAAAAUGACUCCAGAAAAUUGUAAGAAAGAUCCUACUAGAAGAAAGAAUUGGAAAAAGUUUAAUACAUAUUUCGAUGAAUCCACUAUUAAAGUUUAUGAUAACCAUUUCACACAAAUGAAAAGAGACAUUAUAUUAAAGUAUAUGCAAAAUAAAAAUUUAUAAAUAGAAAAAUUUA